AGCCUUUGUGAAUAUACAGGCGCUCAGAGGCGCGCAAAAUGACCGAAAGCGAGGUUUUAUGCGUGUCCUGAACAUGUCCUGAACCGCUCUCCGCUCUUGUUUAUUAUUGUUUUCGUUUUUCUUUUCUGUUUAUGUAUUAUGUGUCUUUCUGAUAAAAAAGUGUCGAUCUCGAAUGAGCCAUGGAUGAUGACGAUUAUAAAUACGUAAGAUAUCCAAGAGAAGCGACAAUUUUUGCAGCAAUUUGUGCGGUUUUAUUUUGUGUACUCGGUGUUUUAGGUAAUUUUGUGACUGUUUUGGCACUAAUCAAAUGUCCGAAACUUCGAAACCAUGCCACUACGGCUUUUGUGCUGUCUCUGUGCAUAUCCGAUCUGCUGUUUUGCACGAUAAAUUUGCCCCUAACGGCCGCAAGAUACAUUUACGAGAAAUGGAUUCUAGGAGACGCCCUUUGUCAGCUUUUCCCCGUUUUCUUUUAUGGGAACGUUGCCGUGUCAGUCUUGAACAUGGUCGCCAUCACAUUAAAUAGGUACGUUUUGAUCUCGUGCUACGAAUACUACAGCAAACUAUACUCGAAAAUAUCCAUAUGUAUGCAGCUGCUUUGUACCUGGGGCAUAGCCUUCCUGAUAAUGUUGCCGCCUCUACUAGGAAUUUGGGGUCAGCUGGGUUUGGAUCCUUCCACUUUUUCUUGCACCAUCCUAGAAAAAGACGGAAAGUCUCCGAAGAAAGUAAUUUUUUUGAUUGGAUUUGCCCUUCCCUGCAUCAUCAUUAUUUUGGCUUACUCCUGUAUCUACUGCAGCGUAAGAAGCUCCAAAAUCAAACUCAGGUCCCACCAGCCUAUGACAGACGCACGGACAUCUCGAAGAGAGAAAGAUGACAGCAGAUUAACGAAGCUGAUGGCGCUCAUUUUCCUAUGUUUCUUGUUCUGUUUUUUGCCUUUAAUGUUAGUAAACGUAUUCGACGACAGUAUUCAGUACCCUGUAUUCCACGUACUAGCCUCAGUACUAGCUUGGGCUUCUAGCGUUAUAAAUCCCUUCAUUUACGCCGCCAGUAACAGGCAGUACCGAUCUGCCUACAAAAAGUUACUCGGGAUGGUAAGAUCCAGUGUGGAUUUUUCCGAAUCUAAACAUUCAAACAAUUCGAUGAGAUCCAGACAGGAUAAAAAUCAGAGCGUGAGUUACAGACCCAAAGACAGCAGCAGCAAUGCAGAUGUGUAACAAAAUCAAAUGAAUAUGCCUGAAUAGUUCUUGUUUUAUCGGUGACUGACACGACUUGUGCCAUACAUACAAAUCGUUUAUUUAGUUUUUAAGUGUCCUUACGAAAGAUAUUAGACGAGUUCGAUUUUUUUUUGUAGCGUGCUUAAUUAUUCUAAGUCAAAUAAAUUAGUUUUGAUAAUUUAACAUUCCUGCGUUGACCAAAAAGAAAGAUAAGAAACAUGUAUAAUCAAGACUGAAUUAAUAAUAGUGAAAUGUUUGCCAAAAAAGUAGAUACACAUCUCUACUAACUAAACCAAAAAACAUUAAGAUGAUGCUUACUAUAUUAUGCCAAAUAUUAUUCGUAUUCUUGUACAUAUUUUUUUUAUAUCUGAAUUAAAAAAAAACAAUUAAUA